AUGUCCAAGAUGCCAUCUGUCAAGUUGCUCCGUGAGACCAUCACUCACGGAUUGGCGACUCCUUCGACCCUCCUGGUGCUGGAUCUGCGUCGCCUCCGGAAGACCGCCCCCGGGUUUCACCUGACGCUCCACUCUCUGGGGCGUCACCAAGACCUCACUCAGCCUGCCCCUCGAGACGGUGGUUGUGUGUACACGUCCCCCGUGCGGCGUGACGCGGUAGUGACAUCGGAAGUGACCGAACCAAUGCGUCAUGAGGCUGAGAGUUCCUUCAUUGGUGAACACCUCCUGGAUCCUACUGUCACUCGCGGAGUCUCAGACGGAGAUGGCAGUAUCCCAGGGGUGAAUCUCGCCGAUCUCAGGUCGAAAGACCCUUUGGAUCUACCGCUACAGCAUGUCUGGCCCCGACCAGUCUUGUCAACAAUGAGGCUGGUCACACGACUACCAACCGUGCACCCGUCUGUGAUGAGCCUCCCAGAACGGGGGAUGAAUCAACUCCAACUCAAGAAAACGCAGAUCCAGCAUCAGGAGUGGUUGGAGCUGAGGAGUCAGCUUUCGAUCGAGACUCGUCGAACAAGUCUCACCACGAUCGAGUUGACCAUGGGCAGUCCUCUCAUGGGAGAGAUUCGAAUCACUCGUCCAGCAACACGCAAGACCAAACGUGGACCACAAUGA